AUGUUUAUAAAGAGGCAAAUAGAUAUUGCAGUUAAAGAAGAAGGUUUUGUAAUAUGUGUGCAUUGCAAUAGCGUUAAGCCUAUCUCAAAAAAGACUGUAUGCCACAGCUGUUGUAUGAUUUACUGCAGUCAAGACUGUCAAAGAAAGAACCUCUUACAUCAUGUUAAUUUCUGUGGUAAGUUAGUUUUCAUAACAUAAAAGGAAAAAAUUCAAUAAACAUUUCACUGAAUUCAUUCUACUUCUACUUUAAUUCUGUCAUACAAAAUUAUUAUUUUUAGCCAAUGUAAAAUUUGUAAUCCCAAAUGAUUAGUUUUAUUUAUUUAUUGAUGAUGAAUAAUAUCAAUUUUUUUUUAAUGAAGACCAUUUCUAGGUAGCAAUGGAUUUAAAUUUUCUUUCAAAUACUCUUGGUGAAAGCUAACCAGUAGUAUUUUUAAAAGAAAAAUUAAAAUCCAUUGCUACAUAGAAAUUUAUGGUCUUCAUUAAAAAAAAUUAUAAUAAUAAUACUAUUUUGUAAGACAGAAUUCUCUACUCUAAUUCUGUCAUACAAAAUUAGUAUUUUUAGCCAAUGUAAAAUUAGGAAACUCUAUGAGUCUUUUUAUUUAUUUAUUGCUGAUAAAUAAUGUCAAAUUUUUGUUUUUUUUAAUAAGGACCGUUUCUAUGUAGCUAUGGAGUUUAAUUUACUUUUAAAUGCUCCUGGUGACAACAAAGAAAAAGGUGCAACAAAUUCUAUAAAUAUUAAACAAGCAUCAAUACUAGACUGGAGUGUCAAACAUAAAAGUCACUAUUGUAAAGAUUUCUACUUUUUUUUACCAGAAAUAUUGUCAGUAUUUCAUACAGUUGAUGAGUUCAUAACGGAUCAAGUUCCUCCUGAAAAGUUACAGAAAUAUGGGUUUCCUCACCUAAGAUUUCCAAAAACUAACCUUUUGCAAGCACUUGAUGAAGUUCACAGUAAGUUGAUAAAACUAUUUAUUUAACCCCAAAGGAUACUUUUAUUCCUUUAAAUUUAAAGCUUAUUUUCCCCAGGUCAUGCUAGGCUUUUGUCUUUUCAGAGGCACAAGUGGAGGAAAAAAAUCAUGUUCUUAUUUUUUUAUUUCUAAACCAUUAUAAGUUAAUUAUUAGAAACUUUAAUAUCCCAAGUAGAAGCCGGCAGAUGAAGAAUAUCUAGAAAAAGUAGCAAUAAUGAAUGGCGUGGAUUUUUUUAUGUUGACAGAGGUAACAUUUUUUAAAUUCAAUUUGUCUUAUUGAAAGUAUUAGAAAAUCGCAAAUGAAAAAUUGUAUGACAUUAAGUAUUUUUAACAGAAAAAAACUUUUAAAGUAGAUAGAAUAUUAACCAUGAAAUAAUUUUCAAAAAUACCUUUUAAAAGAAUUAUAAUAAUAAAUUAUGUCAUAAAUUAUGUGUCUAUAAUAUUAACAAUGAAAUUAUUUAUUUUAUUUUUCAAAAAUUAUUUCAUUGUUAAUAUUGUAGAUACAAUAUUAACAAUGAAAUAAUGUUAAUUUUUAAAAUAAUAAUUUCAAGCCCUAAAUCAACCUCUUUAGGAUCCUUGGACCCAGUAGCAUUGUUGCAGAUUAUUGGAUGGUAUCCUCACCUGUCUUUUCCAGCAGUGGUUGUUAGGGUGAGUUAUAUCUUACAUAAGAGGCAACUUAAGUAAAGCAAUUUGCACCUGACAGGUGGCCCCAGCACCGCUAGGCUUGCAUGACCAGCUGUAGACAAACAUAUGCAAUCAGCAAGACACAAAGGUCAGUUUUUUUUAAAGUUUGAGCUGAUGAUAAGUUCUCAUUACAUCAGGGGUGAAGAACUUACUUCUAGAAUUUUGCAUACAUCUCCAAGAAGUCGCAUAUGUCUCUGAGAAGUUGCCUAAAUCUUCAAGAAGAUGCAAACAUCUCUGAGAAGUUGUAUAUAUCUCCAAAAUUUUGUAUACAUCUCCAAUAAUUUGCCUAAAUCUUCAAGAAGUUCCAUACAUUUUCAAGAUGUUGAAACAAAGGAACUUAAAAUUAAUAGCUAUUCAAUUGUUCAUUUUAAAAAAAAAAAAAAAAAUUUAGUUUUUUUAAUAAGCUAGAAUAUACCAUUUAUCUAUUGGCUUUGUCUUUAUGAGAACAUUCAUGGAAUCUGAUAAGUAAAUUGGAGACACUAAGUACACAAAAGGGAUGUAAUAAAGAAAGAAAUAAGAAUUAAUAUACUGCUUUGACAUAAUAAUACUUAAAAUAAUCCCACUUCACAAACCAAUUCUAAUAUGGAGUUAAGUUUUAUUAUUCUUACCAACUUUUUAGAAUAUGCCCUUUUUUUUAUUUCAACCAGGAUGGUAUAAAAAAUGAGGCUCGCAUUAUCUUUGAUGAUGCAAAGACAAUGGCAAACAUGACAAUUAAGCACAAGGAUAAAUCAGCUGAAAUGAAAAUGUCUCCUCUGGAUGAGUGCUUGAAGCCUGGCAACUUCAUCUUAUUGACCAAAGUUUUGUGGCAUCAUUGCAAGGAUGGA